GCUCCACCCAAAAUGUCACGCAGUAGAUCCACCUUCCAGUCUGCAUCCAGAGGCAGUCACAGUAUAAAUACGUUUAAUAACCAGCUGAAAAUUAAACACUCAGGACACAUAAAAGCAGACUGUUGACUUCUCUGUUAACUUCAACGGAUCUUGUGACAAUGGCAACCAAACUUCCUGAAGCGCCUGAACACCCUGUCAAACUUGGAGGACAGAGUAAGCCAGUGGAUGCCACUAAGGACAUUCAGAAGAUAUGUGAUCAGGUGAAGGGCCAAGUGGAAGUCAAGACGAAGAAGAAAUAUGUGAAAUUCACAGCAGUUAAUUACACGUCUCAGUCUACAAAUCCACCUAAACUCCGUAUCAAGGUUCACACUGGAGGAGUAAACUACAUCCACCUGUUGGUCACAAAGGCAUUUCGCAAUGGCAAAGAUGAGAUUGAGCUGCUCGGUCAACAGGAAAACAGAACCAAAAACGACAUCCUAGUCUGAUCACACAAUCUGUUUCAAC